CUUGUGCAACUGGUAGCCGGCAGAACACCACCUUGCUCUCCCCCCCCCCUCCGCCCCGCCCUGUGCAUUGGUAGACCAAGGUUUACAUCCGCUAGCUCUCCAUCUCUCUUCCUCUCUUCUUCUCCCCCUCUCUCUCUCCUCGUUGCUCUGUGCUUGAAUGGCCAUACGCCCGGCAUUCGCAUCCUCCAACGUGUCGUCCAUUUCGUCACGUUCUCGAUCACGAAGGCCAAACAAGAGCACAAGAACCUCGCUGCGAAGAACCACCACAUCCGUUUUAGAGGCUACAAGUAGGCUCUCUGUGGCGCCCCUUGGCUGCUGAGGUGCCUCAUCUCAUUUUCGCUACUCUAAUCGCCGCAGAUCGCCGUCCAGAGCCCUGCAAAGCCACCCGCUUGCCGCCGACUCUCGAUGACCACUUUAAGAACGCCGCCAAGUCGUGCCCCUACCGCCGCCGGUGCCGGGCCUGCCGCUGCUGCUGCGCCUUCCGCCACGGAACAGGUUGCCGAUGCAACAUCUGAUGAUGAAGCAUCGACAAGAUUAAGCUCACGCCCGUCAUCGGCUUUAGCGCCAGCGCCGUCGCUGGCGGUGGCGAGACAGCGGCUGGUGUGCGGCCAUGUCGGAUGCGAGUUCAGCUGCGAGAGCAAGGCUCGACUCAACUCGCACCAGCGGGCGUUCAACUCGCACACGGAGCACUUUGAUGGGCACAAGGAGUCGUGCGCGCUCUGCCUCGCCAUGCUCGAGUGUGGCGAGUGGACAGACUUGAGCGUGUACGAGGAGCGGUACACCAGCUGGGAUCCGCGCCCACUUAGCGUGGUGGUUGAGCCGACGGCUCGUGCCGAGCGCACGCCGCGGUCAGCGCCGCCGUCGGCAGGCACCAGCGCGAGCCUCGCCGCGACGCCGCCGCCUGGGGCGGCACGACCUGCCUCGGCCUCGCCGCGUCGGUUUGCGUCGGAACUGUGGGCGGCUACGGCUCCUGAGCGCCGCUCGCCGCAGGGCUCAGCCUCGCCGACCGCGCCGGCGUCCCCGCCACCGACACUCGCUGAAGGCUCGGCCUCGGGAUCGAGCUCGGGCUCUGGCUCGGCCUCGGGCGACGGAUCGAUCGACUUUUUCCAGUGCUCGCAUGACGGAUGCCGCUGGCGGUCGCGGGCGCAGGGCGACAACGACAAGCGGGCGUCGGUGGCCAAGCACGAAAAGUCGGUUGUCAAGCACCGAAGCCACUUUGAGGAGUGCGCCGCCGAGUGCCUCUGCUGCCAGACCCUGCUCCAGACCGGCGUCUGGCGGGUCAUCGACGGCGCGCUCCUCGACGUCACACUCCGCAAGCACCGCAGCCUGGUCGACGCCGUCGAUGCCGGACGGGGUGCCAAGCGGGCCAAACUGCUGUCGGGAGCAGCGGGAGGCGUUGGCCAAGAGCUGCAGCCACGGCAGCUUGCCUGAGUGGCCUGUCGGCAAGAGGCAAAACGGAGGCAAGCGCUUUACAUGCGGAUGGAGGCCAGGAGCGAGUGGUAGAGCUUCUGGUAAAGCCACGACUCACCCGAGAUGCGCUUAAAGUUGAUGCAGUGCAACUCAAGGCGCGGGAGGCGGAGGAUUUCGACCUCAAA